GGCAGGCCUGUAUGGCCUGCCGAUCUUCUGCUGCUCCUGUACCUUUGUGUUUUUGUGUAUCCCUGAGCCCACAUUUAGACUGAUGGGAUCUGUAGUAAAUGUUGAUGUUAUCAAGGGCUACUUCCUCCUGCUUUGUAAACCACUGUGCCACCACCUCUGGUGGUCUAUCAUGUUGCUGAGACGAGACCCACACAAGAAUUGUGAUGAUGAUGGAGGUGUCAGGCCUGAUUCUGAAGAUGAUUUCACAUUAGGAGAUGGUUACGAUGAAGGCAAUCAGCUGAUCCUAGGAAAUGAUGGGAUGUUUCUUCUGACCUUUUCCAUUGCAUUCAUAUUUAACUGGAUUGGAUUCUUUUUAACCUUCUGCUCAACCAAUACAAUUGCAGGAAGAUAUGGGGCCAUUUCUGGAUUUGGGCUGUCCCUUAUAAAGUGGAUUCUCAUUGUUAGGUUCUCCGAUUAUUUUUUCGGUUAUUUUGAGGGUAAGCUAUGGCUCUGGUGGAGUUUUCUGGCUGUUGGGAUUUUGCUUUUUACAAACGGUUUCAUCAAUUAUGCAAAAGCUCGGAAAGUAGCUUCGAAGAUCGCCAGCUUGAAAAAGUCCAAGUUCCUUUUCAUUUUCUAAUGAUAUUUGCUGCCCUACUUCCUUCCAUAUUGCCAAGCUUCACUCUAUGGUGAAAAAGAAAGGGAUCACAGAUUUCAGAUGAUGAAUUAAUAAGCAGCAAAGUGAUUCAAUUUUGUGGACUUGGCUUUCCUAGCCACUUGAAAAACUUCUGUUGGGUACAUUGUGUUUGCUGAUUGUGCUUCUUAUAAUUGAUCUGAUAGAAAUCACGUAAUUUUCAAAUAUUUUGCUUAUAGCUCUGGUAAAUGGAAAUUAUAGUCAUCGUUUGUUAAAUCAUAGGCGGUAUGCUUCAAAAUUGUUUAAUGCUCUUUCAUCAAGAGAGGGCACUGUUGCUUCUUGAAAGACUAAAUACAUUGUGACCAAAGAAUUGAAAUUUGUACACUAUGAGUCUGAAAUAGGCUGAAAAUACCUUCAUUGUCCAGAUGCUUUGAACUACGUGAAAAUGUAUAAUAAACUAUGUAAAAGUAA